AUGUGUGUCGGCGACAUCUGUGAGAGCGUUUCAUUGGUCACCAUCCGCAGCGAGGAAAACCUCGAUAGUGAACUCCUUGCAGAGACACCUCCGGGUCAGACCUUGGAAAUUCUAGAGGUGGGCCAGGGCCGACGCGUCAAGGUCAAGACGGCCACAGGUUUGGAAGGCUGGAUAAGUACAAAGACCAAGCUCAACGAGCCCUUGGUGGUCAAGAGACAGAAGGAAGUGGAGUUUGCUAUUGAUGGUUGGGAGACGAAGUCCCAGCACGAGGUCAAGUCCAUGGUCACUGUGAGGACAGGAGAGAGUUUGGACAGCGACGUCAUCGGCGAGUUGAAGCCAGGUGCCGUCUUCACCAUCAAGGAGUUUGGCGCGACCAACAAGCGGCGAGCGUUGAUCGACUCAGGUGUCGUUGUAGGCUGGAUCAGCCUGGUGACGAAGAACGGAGAAAUGCUGGUUGGCAAAGUUGCGAAAGACAAGUCUGCAGGCUCAAACGUGUUCGGAACAAGCACCGGCAAGAUCAAGGAGAUGUUGGAGGCAGCACGAUCUGGAGAUGUCGAUGCAAUUCGCAAGAUCGCCGAACCAAGCUCCGGCAUUAUGUCCAAGUUCACUCAGAAAGCGAACUUGAACGCAUCCGACGUCCGGGGGAAGACGGCCCUCACCUAUGCUGCGAGCUUCGGGAACAAGGAGGUUGUGGACUAUCUUUUGAGCAAGGGCAAGGAGAUCGAAGUCAACGCAGUGGACGAUACAGACAAGACGGCUCUGCACCAUGCUGCACGGAGGACGUCGCCAACUGAUGACGAGCGACAGGCGGAUAUCAUCUCGAUGCUCCUGACGGCCAAGGCAUACAUUGAGGCGCGGGAUCACAACGGCUGCACUCCGCUCAUGUUCGCCGUGGCAAAUGGCAACGAGGCUAUUACUCGGAGGCUGAUCCUGGCGCAGGCCAACGUCAACAACGCCCUGGGCCUAGCAUGGCUCAUGCGUUUCGAAAUGUAUUGCACUGAACCUCGAUGA